AUGUCUGUCACGCUUCAUACAACCCACGGUAAUCUGAAGGUCGAAAUCUUUUGCGAAGCGGUCGCGAGAACAGCAGAGAAUUUCCUUGCAUUAUGCGCCUCAGGGGCCUAUGAAGGCACCCCCUUCCACCGCCUGAUACCCGAAUUUAUGGUCCAGGGUGGCGAUACCUCUUUGUCCCCUGGCAACGCGAAUGCAGAAAAGCCCGUCAUAAAAGGAGGGGAGUCAAUAUGGGGAGGAUAUUUUGAAGACGAGAUAAAAAUUCCCGCGCUGAGACAUAGCGGACGAGGCAUGGUGUCGAUGGCGAACAAGGGCCCCGGCACCAAUGGCAGCCAGUUUUUUGUCACGUUCAAAGAGGCGGCUCACUUGGACGGCAAGAAUACGGUUUUUGGGAGGGUUAUUGAGGGUGCGGAAGAAGGGGGCACCUUGGACAAGAUGGAGGCUGUGGAGGUGGACAAGAAAUACCGCCCCAAGGAGAAGAUUAUUCUAGAGAAGGUGACGAUUCAUGCGAAUCCUUUGGCAGGCUGA